AUGAACGAGUUCGUGGACAGCGAGAAGAUCACACAAGCUGAGGACCAGGACCACGACAAGGGCCUCUACGAUGAGCUACACGUACCUCUCAGCCCUUCAAGUCGCAGCUGA